GUUUUUUAUAAAUAACCUCGUUGUCAUAUAUUGAUGAUAUUAAAAUGUAAAAAUUUAAUUUAAUCUGUUUAUUAUUAUUUAUAGAAAGAGGUUUUGUAAUUAUAAACUUCAAAAAAGAACCAUGGUUUUGCAUAUUAAGAGGUAAAAGUGUGAAUUUUAAUUAACAAUCAGCAAAAAUAAUAAUCCCGCCAAAGAUAACCCAACACCUGGGUAUAAACCCAUAUUGAAAUUUAAGUUAUCCAGUCUCGUUAAGUUUAGUGAUCUUCAAGUUUAGUUGCUGUAAGUAAUCAAUAUGUCUAAAACUGAAUCUGAUUUGGACUCUAUUACGGAAAAGCUUGGUAAAACAUGUUUUUCGAAAGAAGAAGGAGUUUCCUUCGCCGGACAAUCAAUGAAAUUGGACACGAAAACACAAGCUCAAGUUGUAGUUGAUCAGAUUAAUGCCUGCCCGAAUUUGGAGUAUCUUAAUUUAGAAGGAAACACUUUAGGCAUAGAGGCUGCAGAAGCAAUCGGAAAAGCACUCGAAUCCAAAAGUGAGCUGAAAAAAGCACUAUGGAAAGAUAUGUUCACUGGACGUAUGAAAAAUGAAAUACCUACAGCUUUGAAAGCUCUUGGAAAAGGAUUAAUAACAGCCAAGGCUCAAUUAGAAGUUCUGGAUCUUAGUGAUAAUGCUUCUGGGCCAAUAGGCGUUGAAGGCAUAAUUGAUCUUAUCAAAAGUCCCACCUGUUAUACAUUGAAAGAAUUGAAGUUGAACAACAUGGGUUUGGGUGUAGCAGGUGCUAAGCUUCUAGCUGGUGCUCUAAUGGAUUGUUACAAAAAAUCAAAAGAAGCAGGAAAACCAUUAGCGUUGAAAGUUUUUAUUGCUGGAAGGAAUAGAUUAGAAAAUGAGGGAACAAAAGCUUUAGCUUUAGUGUUUGAGGCAUUAGGUAGUCUAGAAGAAAUACAAAUACCACAAAAUGGAAUAUACAGACUGGGAAUUGAGGCACUAUCUAGAGCACUUGCUUGUAAUCCCAGACUGAAGGAAAUUAAUCUCAAUGACAACACCAUUAAUCCUGAAGGUUCAGCAGCUCUUUCAGAAGCCAUCACUAAGCUUCAGAGUCUUGUAAAAUUAGAUCUUGGAGAUUGCCUUUUGAAAACGAAAGGUGCUGAAUUCCUUGCUAAAUCACUUAAAGAAGGUCAUUAUGCACUUGAGGAAUUGGUGGUAUCUUUUAAUAGUAUUAAAAUAUCAGGAGGUGUAGCAUUAGCUGAGGCUGUGAUGUCUAAACCAAGGUUUAAAAGAUUGAUUGUAGAUGGUAAUAAGUUUGGUAAUGGAGGAAAAGGAAAAAUGAAACAAAUCGCGGAAGCUGCUGGGAAAGUUGAAUCAUUAGGCUGUAUGAGUGAUGAUGAAGGAAGUGAUGAAAGUGAAGAUGAAGAAGAUUAUGGAAACACACCAUAUAGUGAUGAUUCUUGUGAAAGUGAUGUUUGUAGCGAGGGUGAUGAAGAGGAAGAAGAUAAAAAUUACGUUGAGAAUACAUCGACGAGUGAUGCUAGCAGUGGAGGUUAUCCUGACCGGAUAGCUUCUGGAUUAACAGGACAGGUUUCUGCAAAGGAGUUUUUAGAAAAUCCUACUUACGAUAAUCUUGUAGGUUUGGGAGAUGACCCAGUAUCAACGAUUGUCAGUGAAAUUAGAGCAAAACCUUACAACACACAACUGGAUGAAUUGAUGGAAGCUAUAGUAAAAGUAAGCAGCAUAGUUCAUCCUGAGUGUGAUUUACUUGAUACAAAAAUUGCUACUUCUUGGGAAAUGAAUACCUCUUUAGAAUUAUAUCAAAAAUUAUUUGAAUGGGCAAAAGAAAGAAAAGCCUUAUCUUAUGUGAACAAUGCCUUACCUGUUCAUUUAAGUUUAAUUAAGGAUGAAGAAACUAGAAAACCAAAAUCAAAUAAAAAAUUGGGUGGUUGUAUUCAUGCUUUAAAAUACUUAAUGACGGAAGAAGGCGUUUUCCCAAAAGAAACCAUAGCAAUUUUAAAUAUGUUAAUCAAAGCACAUCAAGAUAAAUCAAGGAAAAAGGACUGACUUGAAAUUGUGAAAAAAAAUAUUUAUUGAAAUCCUUUAAAAAACUACCAAGACUACCUGUGAUUAAUUAUACUUAUUGAUAAUGACUAUAUAGUUUUAUUUUAUUAACAUAACAUUUAAACAUUUUAGAUUAACUUAUGUAAUGGUAUAAUUUAUUAAAUAUGUAAUGCAUAUUUACCAAUACUAACAUGGUUUAAGUUAGAUAAAUGGUCUUGAUGAUAAGAAUAACUUUCAUGAAAAAAAAAAGAAAAGUUUUUCUGUUUAAUUUUAUAAAAAAAAUAAUAGUGUUGUUUUGGAUGAUUUAAUUAAAAACUAUUACAAUUA